AUGGGGUCUACUCUUCACGCCUUGGAUGACUGGCAGCUGCUCGCCUCAGUGCAUCUCGUCUUCGCAGCCCGACCAUCACGCAUCAACGUUGCUGACCUCAGAGAAACGGAAAGAGAGAUACUUUCAAACCUCGUGACAAACUUGAAAUUCGAGUUAUGGCUUGUCCCGGAUGCGCUUCAGGAAGCUCAAGGUUUGAGCCUGUCUCGUGGCGCCUAUCAUGGUUUUGCGGCUUUGACUUCACUGCUUGACAUCUUCGAACGUUAUGUCAACGAUGUACUCAGUCACAGCUCCUCGGACUCCGAGUAUGGCAAGCGUUAUCCGAAACUCCGAGCGCUACAAGCUGAACUCCUGCGGCGGCAUGGAAACACCAGUGGCACUCCAUUGGAUCACGCACAUGAUCUCAGGCAUCUUGUUUGGGUGGGAAUUACCCUUGAAGGUCUGCGCGACAUUGUCACUAGGGUAGAAGAUUUCAAUCGGACAGUCAACCGCUUGUCUUCCAACACUUUGGAAGAUGAUUUUUGUCAGGGUAUGAACAACGAAUGGAAGGAGGACGAAUUACAACUCAUACUACACUAUGAACAAGUACGGGAGAACAUGGACACUAUUUUCACUGCGUUGAUGGAGGAGCUGAGCAAUUGUGGCUCAUCACAUACCGCCUUCGUGCAUUUUACCGGGCUACGAAGUCUGAGGAUGCUAUUAUCCACUUGCACUGGCAAGGGUGGAUGGCGUCAGGCUUUGUGUGAGCUUGAUGUCCAGGAGAUGGCCGGAGCUGGUGAUCGUGGCUUCGAAGCUAGCAAAGAUCUCUGCGGCGCAACACGAGGUCCUCCCCAUCAGCUUCUACGUAUUGUGUGCAGUGAAUCUGCCGUCUCGCAUAACUCUGAACAGGCUGUGCCCCGAAUCAGAGCCGACUCCAAACGGAGUCUUUCGGAUCUCCUAGAAGAGCGUGCUCAACAUCAAAUGAGUUGUGGAGUCGCGCCAUUCUUUUUCAAAAAGAAGAAGAAGAAGAUCGUGUCAGUGAUAUUGGCCCAGUUUCUAGUGAAGCUGGUGGGCUGUCGUUGGCUACAGAAUGAGUGGAACGCCGAGAACAUAUUCUUUCUUCCGGAUUCGAGCAUCGGCAACGAACCUGAUCUCCAGACACCGUAUAUUCUGGCCUCUUUGACGACCAAUCAACACUCCAACCACACUAUCGAUGCCUUGGAAUUCUAUUGCUCGUUCGUUUUCGCCUUUGGCCUGUUACUGCUGGAACUAGAACUCGAUCAGAGCAUCUCGAUAACAGCCGCAGAUGAAGAUGACGCGGAAGAAGAAUACCAAGCUGCUUACAUGGCAUUAAUCCGGAUGUUCACACCCCGGAAAGAGGACCUCGAUGAUGCCCAUAUUCUGCAAAUAAUCAACUCUUGUCUCGAGUUCCGCAACGGGGUGGAAUCUGUCCAGCACCCCUCGUUCAACGAGGAUCUGAAGUUUAGAGCGGCUAUAUUCAAGUAUAUCCUGACACCCCUGAUUCAGCGGCUUCAAGUGGCUCAUCCUGAUGUGUCACUCGACGAGAUAUUGGACAAACCGAAAGCUACCAUUUAUCACCCUGUGCCCCCUCCUUCCUUGCGCAUUGCCACAGGAUCAAGCUUUGCCACGCAUUCUUCCAACCACAACUCGUACCACAGUGGCCAACGACCCAGAACCCGUCGUGACUUCCGAGUCGCGAUUAUAUGCGCAUUACCUCUUGAAGCCGACGCUGUGAAGGCCAUGUUCGAUAAACGCUGGGACGAUGACGGAGACGUUUAUGGCAAAGCCACUUCAAAUCAAAACGCCUAUUCAACUGGAAUCAUUGGGCACCACAAUGUGGUGCUGGCACAUAUGCCAGGCAUGGGAAAGGAAAGCGCAGCUAGGGUUGCGGCCAAUUGCCGGUCCAGCUUUGAAGGUAUUAAGCUCGCACUCGUUGUUGGUAUUUGUGGAGGUGUCCCUUUUCCCGCCCAUGGUGAGGAAAUUCUGCUAGGAGAUGUUGUCAUCAGCGAAGGGCUCGUCUGCUAUGAUUUUGGAAGACAACUUCCCGAUCGUUUUGUGAGGAAGGAUGGUGUGCUGGACAACUAUCCUAGGCCUCCGCCGGAGGUUCGCUCCCUUCUGAACAAGCUGAAAGGUCGAUGGGGCCGCAAACUUCUCCAGGAAAAAACUUUCACCUAUCUCAACAACACUCAGGGUGAACUGGGUCAAUCAGCAAAGUACCCAGGAUCCGAGUACGACAAGCUCUUUGAUGCGUCUUAUCGGCACAGGCAUCAACAGCCAUCGGCAUGCGGAACCUGCUCUGAAUCUCAGCUCAGCAAUGGUUCCACAUGUGCAGCAGCUCUUGCAUCAACCUGUGAGGAGCUAGGAUGCGACGACUCCGAGUUGGUCCAGCGUGAGCGACUAUCACAGCCUCCAACGCACGGGCAGCCGAACAAGAAUCUUUCCCGUUAUUCAUAUUGGGAAGGUGGCGUCGGGGAGCAUUGUCAUGAAGUCCGGACGGGACAGAGACCGGAUUGCAAAUGAAGAAGAGGUCAUCGCCUUCGAGAUGGAAGGUGCCGGUGUAUGGGACACCUUUACAUGUGUGAUGAUCAUCAAAUGAGUCUGCGACUAUGCAGAUAGCCACAAAAGCAAGAAGUGGCAAGGCUAUGCAGCUACCGCAGCGGCUUGUACGAAAGCAUUCCUCGAG